GCCGGCGUCCGGAGGUCCGGCCGCCCGCCAGGGGGCACCGCCUGCUUGGGUCGCCGCGCGCUCCGCCCUCCCGCUCGGCCCUUCGGCGGCGCUUCCGCCUGUCCGGCCCGUCCCGGUGCGAGUGGCCCACAAUGUGGCUGGGCCCGGAGGAGGUGCUGGUGGCCAACGCGCUGUGGGUGACAGAACGGGCCAACCCCUUCUUCGUGCUGCAGCGGCGCCGGGGGCAUCGCAGAGGCGGAGGCCUCACGGGUCUCCUCGUGGGCACCCUGGAUGUGGUCCUGGACUCCAGCGCCCGUGUGGCCCCUUACCGAAUCCUGCAUCAGACCCAGGACUCACAGGUCUACUGGACAGUGGCAUGUGGUUCCGACCACAAAGAGAUAACAGCGCACUGGGAAUGGCUGGAGAAUAACCUACUCCAGACCCUGUCCAUCUUUGACAACGAGGAAGACAUCACCACCUUCGUCAAGGGCAAGAUACACGGCAUCAUCGCUGAAGAGAACAAGAACCUGCAGCCCCAGGGAGACGAGGACCCUGGGAAGUUCAAGGAGGCCGAGCUGAAGAUGCGGAAGCAGUUCGGGAUGCCCGAAGGAGAGAAGCUGGUCAACUACUACUCCUGCAGCUACUGGAAGGGGCGCGUGCCCAGGCAGGGCUGGCUCUACCUGACCGUCAAUCACCUGUGCUUCUACUCCUUCCUGCUGGGCAGGGAAGUGAGCCUAGUGGUGCAGUGGGUGGACGUCAUCCGGCUGGAGAAGAACGCCACCCUGCUCUUACCUGAGAGUAUCCGCGUGGACACGCGAGACCAGGAGCUCUUCUUCUCCAUGUUCCUCAACAUUGGCGAGACCUUCAAGCUCAUGGAGCAGCUGGCCAACUUGGCUAUGCGGCAGCUGCUGGACAGCGAGGGCUUCCUGGAGGACCGGGUGCUGCCCAGGCCCUCCCGGCCCCAGCGGAACAUCUCGGCUCUGAAGCGAGACCUGGACGCACGGGCCAAGAACGAGUUCUACCGGGCCACAUUCCGGCUGCCUGGGGACGAGCGCCUGGACGGCCACACGAGCUGCACCCUGUGGACCCCCUUCAGCAAGCUGCACAUCCCCGGCCAGAUGUUCAUCUCUAGCAACUACAUCUGCUUCGCCAGCAAGGAGGAGGAUGCCUGCCACCUCAUCAUACCCCUGCGGGAGGUGACCAUUGUUGAAAAAGCUGACAGCUCCAGCGUCCUGCCAAGCCCUCUGUCCAUUAGCACCAAGAGCAAAAUGACCUUCCUGUUUGCCAACCUCAAAGACCGAGACUUCUUGGUUCAGAGAAUCUCUGACUUCCUGCAGAAAACGUCUCAGCAGCUGGGCGGCAGCAGCUCAGGGAGGAAAGCCAGUGUCGAGGACCCGGCUCCAGAGCCUUUGCCAGCUCCCAGGGAGCCAUCAGAGCAGCCCACCAGCCCUUCCUCGCCCUGCGGGAGCCACCAGGGCUCCCUCUCACAGGAGGCACCCACUGCUUCCCAGGGCCUACUCAAACUUUUCCGGAGAGACGCCCCAGUGGAGGACCUGGGAGCCAAGGGGGCCAAGGAGAAGAUGAAGGAGGAGUCGUGGAACAUCCACUUCUUCGAGUUUGGGCGAGGUGUGUGCAUGUACCGCACGGCCAGGAUGCGGGAGCUGGUGCUGAAGGGCAUCCCCGAGAGCCUCCGAGGGGAGCUCUGGCUCCUCUUCUCCGGGGCCUGGAACGAAAUGGUGACUCACCCUGGCUACUAUGCUGACCUGGUGGAGAAGUCCACAGGGAAGUACAGCCUGGCCACCGAGGAGAUUGAGCGCGACCUGCACCGCUCUAUGCCCGAGCACCCUGCCUUCCAGAACGAGCUCGGCAUCGCUGCACUUCGGCGGGUGCUGACUGCCUACGCCUUCCGGAACCCCACCAUCGGCUACUGCCAGGCCAUGAACAUUGUCACCUCGGUGCUCCUGCUCUACGGCAGCGAGGAAGAGGCCUUCUGGCUGCUGGUGGCCCUCUGCGAGCGGAUGCUGCCUGACUACUACAACACCAGGGUGGUGGGGGCCCUGGUGGACCAAGGCAUCUUUGAAGAGCUCACAAGGGACUUCCUGCCCCAACUGUCCGAGAAGAUGCAGGAGCUGGGGGUCAUUGCCAGCAUCUCGCUGUCCUGGCUCCUCACCCUCUUCCUCAGCGUCAUGCCCUUUGAGAGUGCUGUGGUCAUUGUUGACUGCUUCUUCUACGAGGGCAUCAAGGUGGUCCUGCAGGUGGCCCUGGCCGUCCUGGAUGCCAACAUGGAGCAGCUGCUGGGCUGCAGCGACGAGGGCGAGGCCAUGACCGUCCUGGGCAGGUACCUGGAUAAUGUGGUCAAUAAGCAGAGUGUCUCUCCACCUAUCCCACACCUUCAUGCCCUGCUCACUAGCGGAGAUGACCCUCCCGAAGAGGUGGACAUCUUCGACCUCCUCAAAGUGUCCUAUGAGAAGUUCGGCAGCCUGAGGGCCGAUGACAUUGAGCAGAUGCGGUUCAAACAGAGGCUGAAGGUGAUCCAGUCCCUGGAGGACACAGCCAAGAGGAGCGUGGUCCGGGCUAUCCCUGGGGACAUUGGCUUCUCAGUUGAAGAGCUGGAGGACCUCUACGUGGUGUUUAAGGCCAAGCACCUGGCCAGUCAGUACUGGGGGAGCAGCCGGCCCACUGCUGUGCGCCGGGACCCCAGCCUGCCCUACCUGGAGCAGUACCGCAUCGACGCCAGCCAGUUCCAGGAGCUCUUUGCCAGCCUGACACCCUGGGCCUGUGGGCCCCACACGCCCGUGCUGGCCGGGCGCAUGUUCCGGCUGCUAGACCAAAACAAGGACUCGCUGAUAAACUUCAAGGAAUUCGUGACAGGGAUAAGCGGGAUGUACCACGGAGACCUGAUAGACAAGCUCAAGAUGCUCUACAAGCUGCACCUGCCACCAGCCCUGAGCCCGGAGGAACCUGAGUCAGCCCUGGAAGCAACCCACUAUUUCACUGAAGACAGCUCUGCAGAAGCGUCUCCUCUGGCCUCUGAUCUGGAUCUGUGCCUGCCCUGGGAGGCUCAAGAGGUACCACGGCAGGAAGAACGAGAGGGAGGUGGAAACGAGGAUGUCCAAGAAAAAAGAGGAGAGGACAAGGGCACCAGCCCUUCUGACUGUCGGCACUACCUUCAAAUGUGGGCCAAGGAGAAGGAGGUCCAGAAGGAGACCAUCAAGGACCUUCCCAAGAUGAACCAGGAGCAGUUCAUCGAGCUGUGCAAGACGCUGUACAACAUGUUCAGUGAAGACUCCAUGGAGCAGGUCCUGUACCACGCCAUCGCCACAGUGGCCAGCCUGCUGCUGCGCAUCGGGGAGGUGGGGAAGAGGUUCUUGGUGCAGCCAGACAGGAAGCCCCGGGACAGUACCCCUGGGGAGGACCAGCCAGCAGCCCCCAAGUCCACUCAGAACCCUGUUCAUGUGCCACAGCCCCCAGCUGAGAGUGACACCCAGGCCAAAGCUGGCGGAGACACCCCACUUGGGAAAGCCCCGCCGGAGAGCCCGGCGGCGAGCGAAGAGGGUGGUGGUGAGGGCCGGGGCUCGCCCCCUCAGCGCCUGUCUGACGACGAAACCAAAGACGACACCUCCAUAUCCUCCUACUCUGUGGUCAGUUCAGGCUCCCUGCAGUGUGAGGACCUGGCCGAGGACACCGCGCUGGUGGGCGGGGAGCCCUGCAGCCCCUCAGCCGCUGUCCGCAGCGGGGGCUCGGUGGACACCGACUGGAGCAUCUCCUUCGAGCAGAUCCUGGCCUCCGUCCUGACCGAGUCUGUGCUGGUGGACUACUUUGAGAAGAGAGUGGACAUUGGACUCAAGAUCAAGGACCAGAAGAAAGUGGAGAGACAGCUCAGCACCUCCAGUGACCACGAACAUUCUGGGAUUUCAGGCUGAAGACCACCAAGUGGGAGCUGACCUCUCUCCCCGCUCCCUCCCAGUCUGUUUUCUCUUGAAGGACAAAGGACGCAGCCUCCCCUGCUCCCUAGAAGCAGCGACUUGCAGAGGGAAAGAAGGCUGAACAGCUGCAGGGGCCCAGGCCAAGGCUCCCUGCCCCUUUCUACCCCUGGGCCUGCUGGGCCCUGCAGAGUGCCAGGGCCCCCCUGUCCACCCAAGGCCAGGUGCCUCUGCCGCAGGCAGGCCACACACAUGGCCUCCAUGCACAGGUGCUGUCCUGCGGCUGAGGCUGGGGGCGAGGGCGCGGGGGUCACCUGCCUGCUGGGCACUGUGGAAGCUCCCCAGGAGCCCCGGAGCCAGAGCUCUGGCUGAGGGACACCAGGUGCCAAGCGGGCACAUUCUAAAUGCUCUCCCUAGCCCAGAACCCUCACCAUUAACCUUAUGAGCACACCCCUCAGGUGCUGGUGUAGCUCCCUGCAUUCAUUUCACUCACCUAAAAAGGUACACUGUGCUCAAUGCCUUAACAAGUCCCUGAAAGAAUGGGAAAGCACGCUGUGUCCCAAGCCUGAGCAUGACUCUCAACCACUAUCUGGGGCUCAGGCCGCCUUCCUGAAGUUCAAGACACAGUGCCCCAUGGGGCAGGGGUUCAGGCCCCCAGGGAGGAUGGGGACACAGGUGCCGAUGCAGGCGGAGCAGGGCCAGUGCUGACCCAUGACAGAGCCCUGAGCUCCAUGCUCCCUAGGUGUGAGCAGCCCAAGUCUGGGUGCAGGAGGCGUGUCCUAUUGGGUCAGGAAGCAGACCAUGGGGCCACCGGCUGGGCCACAGGGAGCCCCUCGCUUUGCUUCAGGAGCUGAUGGUCGGUGUCCAGUGUCUGACAUGCACACAGAGCCACUCUUGCUUCUGCUGAAAGAUACAUCUCUGUGACUAUUGCUUUUUAAAAAUUUAAUAGCUUUAUUGAGGCAUAACUUACCAUAAAACUUGCCUGUUUUAUUACAAUUCAGUGGUUUUUAGCAAAUUCACAGAAUUGUGCAACCAUCACCACCAUGCAGUUUUGGAACAUUUUCGUGCCCCCAAAGCCCUUCCUGGCCCUGUGCUACCAGCCCGUUCCUACCCUCAGCUCCAGGAAACCAUGAAUCUACUUGCUGUCUCUCUAGAUUUUAUGGCUUGUUCUAAAAAUAACAAUCGCUAUGAUUUUACCUUGUUCACAACUUCUGGGUCACAGUCUCAAUAAAUGAAGAAAAACACCACCCAGGAAACUGAACAACUGUUUUCUUUCGUGACAACAAAGUCAUUCAGUGGGUAGUCCUGGUCCAAAAUGGCAGCAACGGCUGGGUCCCAGGUUCCUGGACUGCUGGGGUGGUUCUGGCCACAGCCGGCACAGCCUGCAUCUAGUGGAGCCCAGGCAAGGAGGGCACAGCCCCCAUGCGGAAGCCCCUCCCUGCAUUGUCACGCUCCGAGGAGUGGCAGCAAGAAGAAUGCUGUCUCCCUGAAGUCACACCAGAGAGCACAAGAGACCCAAGUUGGCCAUCCGGCCCCUGGUAGGGCCCAGGCCCUUACCCAGGGAGAUGGUGACCACACUCUUGUCCAUAAGGGUCAUGCAAAUCCGCUUCCAGCCAGCUACAAAGCUGAAUAAAGAGAGCCCAACCACAACCCAGUGGGGGCCGCAGCACUGGUUUGGACCCUUACUCUGCACACGGAUGGAAAAGUGCAUGGGACCUUCAGACAACCUUCGUUCCUUGUGUCAGACGAUGUCUAGAGUGUGCUGACCAUCCGUCUCUGCUUCUGGCAAGAGGUGGCUGAAAUAAUUUUAGAUUGGUCAUUAAAAAAAGUCAU